GUUAUAAAAAAAUGUGGACUUUGACAGCGCUCUCUCAAAUCAAAGAGUUCGGAUCAUUUUAUUCAUGGUUAAAACAUUGUUUACUAUUUUAUAGAGCAACUUAUUAGUAAAUUAAAUUUAUAGAAUGGAUUUUGGUCAGUGUUGUCUGCUAUGUUUAGAAAGAGUUAGUCCAACUGAUAACAGAAUAAAUAUCAAUAGCGAUAACUCGGAAUCAGUAAAUGUGCGGAAUAUAAUUGAACAACAUUUCAAUGAAGAGAUCUUCACGAUGUCAACAUUAUCAAAUCAGAUCGUAUGCAAAGAAUGUUGGGGAUCGGUACAGGCAUUUCACGAAUUUUAUAUUCAGGUAACAAACGCCCAUCUACAAGCAAGUAACAAGCUGAAGGCUUUGCAAGAGUUGGAAAUAACCAUCACAGACAUUAAAAUGGAACCGGAUGAUAUAGACAAAUUGGCUUCAUCACCAGUCGGUGAAGAAAAGGAUUCCGAUUGCUCGGAUGGUGAAAACAGUAGGCUAAUAAGCUCAGCUUCUGUAAACUCUAAAAGUCAAGAAGAUGAUGAGGAAGAGAAAAGACGGAAAACAGAAACAAAAAGAGCCACCAGGCCCUACAAUAAAAAAGGAUAUAAAACAUCGGAUCAUGAUGAAUUCAUUGCACAAAAUUUUAAAUUGGCCUGCUCUUUAUGUGAGACAUCUUUGAAAACUUUUCGAGAAUUAAAAACUCAUUAUCGCCAAGAGCAUCAAACCAAUGGCUAUGCUAAGUGUUGUGGUAAAAAGUUGUACAGUCGAGGCGUUCUCGUUGACCAUAUUCACGUUCAUAAUAAUUCCGAAUACUUCAAGUGUCAACUUUGUGGAAAAGUAGUAUGCGAUCGAAGCAGUCUCGCAUCACAUUUACAGUAUUCUCAUUCCAAAGAUCGUACUAUAUACAGAUGUAAAAUAUGUUCCAAAGGUUUUUACCGACCCAAAGUUCUUGCACGGCAUUACUUUAUACACGCACCCGAAGAAAAGAGAAAUGUGAAGUGCACUCAGUGUGAGAAAACAUUCUGCAAUCAGUACACUAUGAAACAACAUCUAAAUCUGAGCCAUCUCAAUUUAUAUGCCAAAAUUUGUGAUAUUUGUGGCAAAUCACUGAACGGCAACGAAAACUUUCAACGGCAUCAGGAAGAGCAUGCUGGUGUGCAACAACCAUUGGAGAAAUGUAAAAUAUGCAAUGUGGAGGUAAAGUCGAAGUAUAAUCUGGCGAGACAUAUGAAAUUGAUGCACACCGAAAAGUAUCAAACACCGCAGACCUGUCCAGUUUGCUCUAAAGUAUCUCCCACGCUACGGGCGCAUAAAAGACAUAUGAAAUAUGAGCAUAGCGGGGAAAGUCACGUUUGCAAUGUUUGUGACAAAGCAUUUAAAUUGGCUUAUUCUUUAAAGGAACAUAUGACCACACACACCGGAGAAAUAUUGUAUACUUGCACAUUCUGCCCUAAAACUUUCAACUCCAGAUCGAAUAUGUAUACACAUCGUAAGCAAAAACAUCCAAAGGAGUGGACUGAAAAAUGUGCAAAGCAAAUUAUUUCAACAAGAAUGGUGCAGCAGGCUCAAAACUAGUUGAUAUCGACAGGAGAAUAACUUUUUCUUAAUAUGACCAUAAAAACUUAAUUACAAAAUGGGAAAGGGGUAACAAAAAAUUAAUAUAAAAUAAGCGCCAUGUUGCUGAAAAAGGUUCCAGGCGAUGUUAUUUAAUUUAAAAAAUAUUAUAAAAAUAUAUAUACGUACAUAUGUAUUUAAAUAUUAUGAGUUAACAGAAAUAAACUUAAGACCAUGGAGCAAAUAGAAUAGAAUACAAUUUUAUACAAAAAGCAAAAACAAACUACUCUUGGCUGUUUUCCAAAAUAAAUAUUUGAAA